CAACAACUCGGCAAAGCGCUACAACGGCGAUCAGAAGCUAUUCGGAAUGCCAUCAACCGCUACAAUGUCCAAGCUGUCGCUUUAAAUCCACCGCGACAGAAGGUAUCUUGGAAAGACAUCGCUGACUACAGUUUCCUUGGCGAAUUCGAUCUGCUGCGCCAUUCUCGUACUGAUAUUCGAAAUAGUGACUGGGCAACACCUGCUCAUCGAGAGGCGACCACCAAAUAUUUCAAGCUUUGUCGAGCUCGCGAAGAAAUUACUCGGCUCAACGUCGAAGUUCGCCGUCUGCGUACGGCAAUUCAUGAUGAAGAACUCCAUACCUCUACUGUCAUACAGGAUCUUCAUGUUUCGAACCCACAGUUGGGGAAUGAGCUUCGACGCCAGUGGCGUUCACGUAUGGCCAUCGAUGCUAUUCAUUCUUUUCGCCUAGAUCGCAUUCCUGGAUUUUCAGGA